GUCAAAAUAUAUGAUCUCGCUAGAAACCCUCUCACAAGAACAGUGUGGUGGCAGCAGUAGCGACAAGCUUCCCACAUCUCUUCCCAAAAACAGAACCAACAAGGUUUCAACUUUUCACUGUCGUUAACUUCUCGCCAAUAGGUAUAAGGUUGCUAUUUUUUUGUAGAAUCAUUCCCAAUGAGAAGGGCAUUGGCCACUUCUAGGUUUGCUUGGUUUCACAGUAGUGUCCAUUGUAGGAGCCAGGUGGAACCCCAUCAUGGUUCCCUCACUCUUUCAAGCAUUGGACUUCAUAGUGAAACAGCAGCAGCAUCAAAUAAGCCUAAUAAGCCAUUAGGUUCCACCUCUGAAUCUCUCAAGAACAAAGGAAAGCCAUUUGGCAGUAAUGAGAGGGAACCAGUUAGGGUUAUAGAGAAACAACAGCAAAUAGAGCCUGCCCCUUUUGCUGCCAAGUCAUUUUCAGAACUUGGCCUUCCUAAUGUGUUGGUUGAGAGGCUAAAAAAUGAGGGUUUCGCGGUUCCAACAGAGGUUCAGUGUGCUGCAGUUCCUACCAUUCUGAAGAACCAUGAUGUUAUCAUUGAGUCUUGGAAAGGUUCAGGGAAAACAUUGGCUUAUCUCCUUCCUAUUUUAUCUGCUAUUGGGCCACUCAGGAAUAAGUUUCCUCAAGGAGAUGGCGAUGGUGGUGAGCCUGCGAAGAAAUUGGGAAUAGAAGCAUUGAUUGUUGCUCCUUCGAGGGAGAUUGGAAUGCAGAUAGUGAUGGAACUUGAAAAGAUACUAGGAAGCGAUAACAAGAGAGUGGUUCAGCAGUUAGUGGGAGGCGGGAACCGAAGCCGGCAGGAAGAAGCUCUCAGGAAAAAUAAACCUGCCAUUGUUGUUGGGACACCUAGUAGAAUAGCCGAGCUUAGUGCAGCUAGAAAACUUCGCACCCUUGGAUGUCGUUUUCUAGUAUUGGAUGAAGUUGAUGUACUCUUGUCCUCUAAUUUACGGAAAGACAUGCACCGGAUGUUGGAGCAUGUGGGGAGAAGAUCCGAUGCAGGUGCAGACCCAAACUCAAAUGCUGAAAGGGCUGAGCACCAGUUAAUAAUGGUUUCUGCAACUGUGUCGUCCUCUGUUGUAAGUGCAGCUAGGAGCUGGGGUUGUGACCCGCUUCUUGUCCGAGAUAACAAGGUUGUCCCACUUGAAACCGUGACUCCCGCUGAGCCUGUCAAAUUGGCAAUAUCUUCAGCCAGCUCCAGUCCUAACUCAUCCAUGCCAUCUCAGGCAGCAGUAGAGAGUCUACCUCCAGCAUUGAAGCACUAUUACUGUGUAGUAAGGUUGCAGCACAAGGUUGAUACAUUGAGAAGGUGUAUUUAUGCGCUGCACGCCAAAUAUGUGAUAGCUUUCAUGAACCAUACUAAGCAGCUAAAAGAUGUUGUUUGCAAGCUGGAGGCCCGUGGGAUGAAAGCUGCCGAGUUACAUGGGGAUCUUGGGGAGCUUGCGAGGUCAACAAUUCUGAAGAAAUUCAAGAAUGGUGAUGUGAGAGUUCUGGUGACAACUGAAUUAUCAGCAAGGGGUCUGGAUGUGGCAAAAUGCGAUCUUGUGGUUAAUCUGGAGUUGCCUACGGAUUCAAUUCACUAUGCUCACCGAGCUGGCCGAAUUGGUCGGCUUGGUAGGAAUGGAACAGUGCUAACCAUAUGCAAAGAUCCAGAAGUUUUUGUUCUGAAGAAAUUGCAGAAGCAGCUUGGAAUACCAAUACCAUGUUGUGAUAUUGCAGAGAGAAAGCUGGUUGUUACUGCAGAAGAUAAAGCACUAAGCACUCCUUGAAGAAGAGGUGUUACAUUUUUGCAUCUUUUUAGGUUGACAAUGCAGUUUCCAUGUUCCCUGUAUUUGUUCAUUGAGGUUAUCUUUCUUGUUCUUUUGGUGCUUUCUUCCUGAACCGGUUUAACUUAUUUAUAUGCAUCAAGGCUGAAGGCUAUAGUUAGGAGAUUGCUUCUUGCUUAUUUUACUAAUUAACAACUUCUACUUGAGUGUACAUUAGAAACAUGAGUUUAGUUUGCAUUUUAAGUUGAAUAUAAGAGGUAUAUACUGAUAAGGAA